AUGAGAAGGCAAGUACCUCAGCCUGGAAAGCCACCACCACCAAAACCACCACCUCCAGUAUUUCCAAACACCUCUGCAUCCCCACAGAAGAAGUCCCCGGUCAAAACAUCAGAAGCAACACCAAACUAUAUGAAGGCAACUACCAGUUCUGAUGCAAGGAAAGAACGUUCUCAGAGAGCAACCUGUUCUUCAACUCUGAAGGACUCAAAAUUUCCAGCUUACCUUGCGCUUAGUUCCGGAGCAACAGAAGCAGAAGGAACCUCCGUCAUGAAAGUCUGCCCCUAUACUUACUGUUCUUUGAAUGGUCAUCAUCAUCCUCCUUUACCACCAUUAAAAAGCUUCUUGUCUGCAAGAAGGCGCCUGCUGAAGACUCAAAGAAGUUUCAAACUCGGAUGUCUCUCCCCACGACGAUCAAAGCCGGUUAGCAGCAGUACGGAAGAAAUUCAGGUUGAGCAGAACCAUGAGAAAUCUUCAUCUCAAGAACCAUGGGACAGUUCAAUGAGUAGCCCAGUCAUAGAAGGAAAGCAAACUGAUUUCUUCGUUCAGAUUUACGGUAAAGGAAGGGAAACUAAAGUUGAUAUCACUGAUUCUUCUCUCAACCAUAUCAGGCCUGCAGUUGAGGGAAGACCAAGUGGUGAUGAAACACCAACACAAGUUGACAACAGACAAGUUCUUGCAAUACCAUCAGAUGAAUCCCCUUUCUCUGAGAUGGAUUCUCAUGAUGAUAGCAGCAAAAUCAUUGAUGCUGCUUCAUCAGUCAUUGAAGUGGCUGAUUAUUGUGAGGCAGAGAGUUACUCAACUAUGGAUCUUGAUUAUGAACCUGACAGUUCACUGCAAAGCAUCCAAGAUUCUGAUUUAGGAGGAGAUUCACCUGAGUUUGGAAGCUGUAUAAUUCCUGAAGAAUCCAUUUUCAAAUCAGCUAUUACAAAUAGGUGCUUUGGGGAAAUUCAGGCAGGUACGAUCCUGAAACAAUCAUCUGAUGAAGAAUCCAUUGAUAAAGAAAGUGUGAGCUCUAAAGCAAGUUCAUUUUCAGAUUAUUGGGCAGAGGAUUAUGUUGAAGGGCUUGAUGAUGGAAGUCAUGAUGAAUUAGGUCUUCAGUUUAAAGAUGAAUCUUUCGAGCCUAUCAAGACACAAGAUCUCAUUGAUUAUCUCAAGGAUGGAAUUGUGCAGAAUGAUGUUGAAGCCGAACAGGUACGGGGCCCAGAUUCGUAAGAUUUUCAUGAUAUGAUUGAAGAAAGUUGUGAAGAUGGGAUGGAAGAGAAUGAGCAAGGUGAUCCUUUUAAAGCACCUACCAAGAUUGAAAUUUGCAUUUCUCUGCAUAGUUCAGCUGAAGCCACCGGGGACAUGUCAGCAAAGGAUUGCAAGGACAAUAACCUGGAGGACAUUCGAAUUGGUGGAAAAUCAGAUCGAACUUCGGCAAAUAUGGAACUAACAAAAGGAGCUCCAGAUCAAUCAGCUCAUGACAACUCCAUAAGCAGUGGUUGCGAAAAUCUAAAUUGCUUGGAAGAAAAUGAAGCUGGGAACUUCAAAACGAUAGCAUCUGCUGAUUUAGGAGGAGAAAAAGCAAACCCCACACCCAAGAAUGCAUGUGGCGGUACACAAAAUGACUGUAAGGGAAGCCUUUCAUGUCAAGAAUUGGGUGAAACAUGCAAAAGGAGGAGCUGGAGAACUGGAUGCAAAAGAUCUACUGAAGAGUACCAGGAAUUGAAAGAAUUCAAUCCAAAAGCACCAAAUUUUCUGCCACUGGAGCCUGACCCGGAAGCAGAGAAGGUUGAUCUCAAGCAUCAAACAAUCGAUGAAAGGAGAAAUGCAGACAAAUGGAUGCUGGAUUAUGCUAUUCAAAAGGCAGUCAACAAACUUGGUCCAGCGCGCAAGAAGAAGGUUGCAUUGCUUGUUGAAGCUUUUGAAACAGUUAUGCCAGUAUCCAGAUAUGAUACCUGUUGUUCCUUUAGAGCUUGA